GCAUACAUUAACAGUAAUUAAAUAAUGAGCUAUAGCAACUAUGAAGUAAGAUUUGUAGGCUUUCUUACCUCAACAAAUUAUUCUGAACAAAUUGAUUAACGUUAACGUUACCCAAGCAACCGUCAGUUUAAAAAAAGAAGACUAACGUUAUAUUUUUAAUUGAAAUAGUUGUGCUGUUCUGCUAACGCGUUGCGGUAGCUGAUAGUAACCAUGGUAACUUUGUUCAUUAUAAUCAAAACAACAAUGAUUUGUUAAUACUUGUGACUGGGAAAAUCCAUCAGCGACUUUUCCCCAGUGGUGUUGGAUAGCAUGAGCACGUCGGACAGAGAACGCAGCAGUCUCGGGGAGCCCCCUUUUCUUAUCUUGGAUGAGCACUAACGGUAACACUAACUGACUUUUCUGACCGAAAUGAACGCGCUUUUUGGCCACUUUCACAACUUCAUCCUCCCGUUAGUGCGAGGGGCUGACGGUCUCUGCGCAUGCACCUGUGGAAGGCAUCAAGUCUAUCAUGUUGUUUCAUAUAAUGGGGCCGAGUCCAUGAUGGAUUCCAGAGAAAACUACGUUGUAAGUGACGUCAUGGCCCGGCAGGAGAUGAAUGUGAUACUCGGACUGCUCUUGGGCCUCUGCAUCAGGUCGUUGAUGCAGUGGCUGCACGGAGUUUCCCACUCAUGGCUUAAAUACAGGAUUUCAAACCAAGUAAAUGAUGUGGAUUUGUGGUCAUUCAGGUCGUUGUUCAGGCAGUUUCAUCCACAACCCACAGAGGACUCCACAGGAAACAAGUUGCAUCUAAUACAAGAUGUGCACCCUGACAUUAAUGACCAUCAAGAUAAAAAUGUGGAUUAAAUUCAGUA